AUGGCUCUUUCUGCUCAACCCUCUGAGAAGAUCCUGGGGAUGCCGCCCUUCAUGGCCGACUUUCUCAUGGGAGGUGUCUCUGCUGCCGUCUCCAAGACCGCUGCUGCUCCCAUCGAGCGAGUCAAGCUCCUUAUCCAGAACCAAGAUGAAAUGAUCAAAGUCGGUCGCCUAGAUCGUAGAUACAACGGCAUAGGCGAAUGCUUCAAGCGUACAAUAGCUGAUGAAGGUUUUGCCAGCUUGUGGCGCGGCAACACUGCAAAUGUGAUUCGGUAUUUCCCCACACAGGCCCUAAACUUUGCUUUUCGCGACAAAUUUAAGAAGAUGUUUGGCUAUAAGAAAGAUCGUGACGGGUACGCUAUGUGGAUGGUAGGAAAUUUGGCUUCCGGAGGCGCUGCCGGAGCGACUGGCCAGCUCUUUGUCUAUUCUCUUGAUUACACACGGACUCGGUUGGCGAAUGACGCGAAGAAAGGAGGACAACGCCAGUUCAAUGGAUUUAUCGACGUAUACCGAAAAACAUUGGCAUCAGAUGGCAUAGUCGGUCUCUACCGCGGCUUCUUCCCGUCCGUCCUUGGCGCUGUUGUUUAUCGUGGUCUUUACUUUGGCAUGUACGACUCUUUCAAGCCGCUUGUUCUUAUCGGUGCUCUGGAGAACAAUUUUUUGGCCUCAUUUUGUCUGGGAUACUUUGUCACCACAGCAGCGGGCAUUGCUGCCUACCCCCUAGACACGAUCCGCCGACGUAUGAUGAUGACCUCGGGAGAAGCAGUCAAGUAUAAGAGCUCCUUCGAUGCUGCCAGACAAAUUAUUGCGAAAAAUGGAGUACGAGCUCUCUUUAAUGGUGCCGGGGCAAAUAUUCUUCGUGGUGUUGCUGGAGCCGGUGCUUUGUCAAUCUAUGAUCAGCUUCAGAUGGUUCUGUUUGGCAAAAAGUUCAAAGGCGAAUGA